AUGGAAUUAAACCGACAAGACAACUACGCCAAGUUGAACUACGAGUGUGCCGAGUGUCCGAAAUGUAAAGAGGCCAAAGUUUUGUUCGAGGGUGAGAGUUCUACAUUGGCAUACAACGACGAUGACGAUUGGUUCGAUGACGAAGAUGAAGAUUUUCAGUUUUCCGAGGACAACAAGUGGUUCGAGGAUGCUUGGGAGGCUGGCUUGCGGGAAAAGGAGGAGAUGCGCAGUGGCUGGAAGAGGGCGCUCGAUGAACAUUUGCUGGAUGUUGCAGCCCGUUAUGAAACUGCAAUGGAGAAUCUGGCUGUGACGCAGACAGAAUUUGAGACGCUUGAACUAGAACUACGCGUGGAAACUGAGACUGUUGAGACUAUAAGAUAG